AUGCCCGGCCUCAGUUUACAAUCUGGACCAUCAUGGCUUCCAACUCCCGAUCAAUUAGGCUUGGUAGUCGCCAGAUACAAUGAACCCCUUGACCCAUGGGCUGAAGUGGCAUCCAACACAUAUCUCUACGUUAAAUCAAAUAUCAGUCAAGCCAGCGAUAAUGUAUCGCACGAUUCAUUCAGACUUUACGAACAACUACCAAACGAAGGUCGAGAAGGUCAAACAUACUGCCACCAUAUUUACAAUCAGUAUGAUUCGCUCCAGCCCAUCGUGAUUUUCUCCCAGGCAGACCCUUUCGAUAUGAUCGGUCCAGAAACAAACACUACCCAGCAAAUGGUCGAGAAGGCUCUCCAGAAGCCCGAACCCGAGUACGAUCCUGUGACAAUCUAUAAUCACAAUCUUCUCCACGACCUGGCACAGUGGAGCAAGAUCAAUUGGUCUUCUCCAGAGGAAUCGUAUUGGAUCACGGCCAAUCAGCUGAAGUCCCUAACAUAUGCUCCGUAUGACAUGGCGACUUUCUGGAAAACCAUCUUCGGGGUACAGCAUCCUGCUGCAGUGAAGGUGUUGCAUGGUGCUAUUUUUGCAGUGAGACGGGAAGCGAUUCUGCAGCACCCUAAAGAGCUGUAUAAGAAUUGUUUAGAUCAGUAUACCGUCACAGGGAAGGGAGCUGUGAACCCGGAAGUGGGUUUCUUCAUGGAGCGGAUAUGGCUUGCCUUGUGGGGCUCUCAAUACUGGUUAUCUAAUUCGUCGACAGCCGAUCGAUUGUGA